GGUGGGGAAGCCAGAGGGAGGGGGUAGAGAGGCCUGGACUGGCGUCCCAGCCCCCACCUGGAGACCAUGGGGCCAGGACCCACGACGCUGAGCUGCUUGGCCUCCCAAACGCUCCAGCUAUCUCCCGUCCCCUGUCCUCUUGACGCGCAGAGCGAGAGCUGGGCAGGAGUCGCGAAGAGGUACCUGGCCAAGCUGUCAUCAGUUGGGAGCAUCUCAGAGGAGGAGACGUGCGAGAAGCUCAAGGGCCUGAUCCAGAGGCAGGUGCAGAUGUGCAAGCGGAACCUGGAGGUGAUGGACUCGGUGCGCCGCGGCGCCCAGCUCGCCAUUGAGGAGUGCCAGUACCAGUUCCGGAACCGGCGCUGGAACUGCUCCACGCUCGACUCGCUGCCUGUUUUCGGCAAGGUGGUGACGCAAGGGACUCGGGAGGCGGCCUUCGUGUACGCCAUCUCUUCGGCAGGUGUGGCCUUUGCGGUGACGCGGGCGUGCAGCAGUGGGGAGCUGGAAAAGUGCGGCUGUGACCGGACGGUACACGGGGUCAGCCCACAGGGCUUCCAGUGGUCGGGAUGCUCGGACAACAUCGCCUACGGCGUGGCCUUCUCACAGUCAUUUGUGGACGUGCGGGAGAGGAGCAAGGGGGCCUCGUCCAGCCGGGCCCUCAUGAACCUCCACAACAACGAGGCCGGCAGGAAGGCUAUCCUGACUCACAUGCGGGUGGAAUGCAAGUGCCACGGGGUGUCAGGCUCCUGCGAGGUAAAGACGUGCUGGCGAGCCGUGCCGCCCUUCCGCCAGGUGGGCCACGCGCUGAAGGAGAAGUUUGACGGCGCCACGGAGGUGGAGCCACGCCGUGUGGGCUCCUCCAGGGCGCUGGUGCCGCGCAAUGCGCAGUUCAAGCCGCACACAGAUGAGGACCUGGUGUACUUGGAGCCCAGCCCGGACUUCUGCGAGCAGGACAUGCGCAGCGGUGUGCUGGGCACGAGGGGCCGCACGUGCAACAAGACGUCCAAGGCCAUCGACGGCUGCGAGCUGCUGUGCUGCGGCCGCGGCUUCCACACAGCACAGGUAGAGCUGGCCGAGCGCUGCAGCUGCAAAUUCCACUGGUGCUGCUUCGUCAAGUGCCGGCAGUGCCAGCGGCUCGUGGAGCUGCACACGUGCCGGUGACCGCCGCCCAGCCCUGUGCCCAGCAACCACCUAGUGGCCCAGGGAAGGCCGAUAAUUUAAACAGUCCCGCACCACCCACCCCAAAAGAUACUGGUUGUAUUUUUUGUUUUGGUUUGGUUUUUGGGUCCUCAUGUUAUUUAUUGCUGGAACCAGGCAGGCGACCCCAAGGGCACCAACUGGGGCCUCCCUGAAGCCUGGGCCUUUGUGGCUGCCACUGACCAAAGGGACUUUGCUCAUGCCUCUGGCUGCCCACAUGUGGCCACUGCUGACCACUCACUUGUUAUCUGUACGUUUUUCCACUUGCAGACUUAAGGUGGGUAACGAAGUGUCGCAGCCACAUGCCUACUGACCCUGCCAUCUAGGGAAAGGGGCAGCCCUAUGGCAGGGGAUGGUGCCAGCCUGAUGGCAGUUGCACCCCACACUUACACACGGACCCCAGGCAGCUUCAGCCUGGUAGCUUUGUCUCUCAAGCCCCGUGGAAAAGGAAUGGGCAGACACCAGGUCCAGGGCAGAAGGUUAAUUUCAGGCCUCCAUGAGCAGCCGGAGGUUCAGUCUCUGUGGAACCCUCCAGGCAAGAACAGCAGAUGAGGUGAGAGCCAGUGAAGGCUGCAGUGCCCCCACCCCUAGCCCAGCCGCCAGGCCUCCCCUCAGAGAGGGGGACCCUCACUCCCUGGUCCCUCCCAGGCAGGAAUACGGCUGCGUCCUGGAUCAGAGACCCCAGCUGGGCCUUCACAGUGACGCCGUGAGCGUCGCUCCACGGUGCUGCUCCUCUGUGAAACUAAGAAUGGAAACGCCACACGCACACAGGAGAGGGCCACGUGAAAAAGCCAUCUCCCAACUUUUACUUCACUCCCUUAACCGAAUCUAUUGAGCAAAUACUGUUCUAGGCCCUGUACUGGGCCAUCUCACUGGAUGACCACAGCAAUCCUGGGAGGCCAACAAGACAGGGAUGCAUGCCUGUGCCCAUUUUACAGGAGAAAGGGCAAGGCUCAGCUGGGUCCCAGAGCCAGUAGAGGCAGAGGCAGAGCCAGAAGAGCCCCCCAGCCAAGGCUCCUCCUGGACUCCUGUACCCAGAGGCCCAGAAACUGUAGGUCCCCCUGGGUCUGAGCCUCAGGGAUGGGGCUCUGGCUGGAGGAAAAGGGGCUGGGAAGCAGCAGGAGCCACAGACCACAGGCUGAGCCAGAGCCCACUUGGUUCCCAAGGGAGGGCAGAGCAGGCUCUGAGGGAAGAGGUGGACAGUGGGAAGGCUGACGAAGUGAGGUCUCAGCAGCGGAGGGUACCGAGGGUACUGAAGCAGAGCCCCCAGAGCCAGCACCAGCAGCCCGGGCCUGGCCCUGUGCACCAGCCAAACCAUCAGGAGCCCAGCCCAAACUUCUGUGCGCAGGACCUGCACACAGCAAGCCCUGGCCUGACCCAACUGCUUCUCAGGUGGGCUCCCAACCACCAGAGGACCUCACUCUCAGCCCUCUCUCCAGGCUGCACCCACCCCGGGGCUUUCAGCUCCUGGUUUGAGGUCUUAAGCUCCAGGCUCCAGGUUCUCAGACUCCAAGUUCUCGGCUCCAGGGUUCAGCGUCUGAAUUCAAGGUCCCAGAUCCAGAAUACGGGCUCCAGCCUGUAGACGCUCUCCCCCAGGCCUUGCGGUUUGUGCCUCCUGGUGUUGGCUCCCUCACGAAGAUAGGGUCAACACCCUCGGCCCCCAGCCAAGCUCUCUGCUCAUGUCCAUCCAAGAAGAAGGCCAAAACCAAGUGAGAGGCUGGACCCACAUUCAAAUGUGGGGAUAAUCUCGGGGCAGGCGGGCUCUGAUGUGGAUGAAAGCUGAGCCGACUGUGUCCCCACAGCUGCCCAGCUGGGCUCACUGCUCCUCUGGCGGGCUCUGUUCAGCUGUCUGCUCAGAGCCAGGCAAAAUACUAUCCCUCACUGGCAGAGGCCCGACCCACACAAAGGAAGCAGUGGAGACCCCUCCCCCACCCCUAAGUCCUGUCCCCAGAGCCAGGGCACUAGCAGAUUCAGGCUGGACGCUGGUGUGACGGGCACUGCCCCAGGAAGAGGAAGGAUCUGCGCUUAUUCAUAGGCCUCACCUUUCCACCUACCAGGGGGCCCCUCAAAGCUCAUCCUCCCGGCGUUCUGAAGGGUGUAGCCUCGGUGAAGCAGACUAGAUUCUAGGAACCUCUGCCCAGCCCUACCACCACUGCCACCAGCACCCCAAAGGCCAAAGGGAUCCACAGCUGCAGGAAAAAGGAGCUUCCUUGGACACACCCAGCUCUAAACUGUCCAGCAGAACAGUUUAAAGAGGAACCAGCGCAGGACUGACACAGCCACGCAUCCUGGAAGCUGGCCAGAGGGUUCAAGCCCUGCCCGAAACCCUCUCCACUGGUCUUACCGCAAGGCAAAGGUGCCCUCGGAGGCCUUGGGCUGGACAAGCCCCAGCUCUGGAUGCUGCUACCCCCUCUGCUGCCCCCACCUCGCCCAGAUUUUUAUACUAGGCUCCUUGCCUUUGUGACAUCCCCAUGAAAUAGUCUGGUGCACGAUAAAAUGAUUAUUUCUUUA